AUGAUUUCUUCGCUGGCGUCAACCGGCGGACCACCAGUUUUCCGGCGUGAUUCCGAUUCAAACAUUCUCAGGCUACCACGGAGGAAAACAUUCCUUUCUUUAUUACGAAACUGCAAAAACAUUUCCCAAGUUCCAUCGAUCCACGCCAAGAUCAUUCGGACCUCCCAUGGACAAGAUGCUUUCGUUGUUUUCCAACUUAUCCGACUCUGCUCCACUCUCGAUUCUGUCGACUACGCCUACGACGUGUUUCGUUACGUAUCAAACCCUAAUGUCUAUCUAUUCACCGCCAUGAUCGAUGGGUUUGUGUCAUCUGGUCGUUUCGCUGAUGGGGUUUCGUUGUAUCGUCGGAUGAUUCACGAUUCGGUUCUGCCUGAUAACUACGUGAUCACGUCAGUUCUGAAAGCUUGCGGUUUGGAAGAGUGUAGAGAGAUUCAUGCACAGGCCCUGAAACUAGGGUUCAGGUCUAGCAGGUCGGUGAGUCUAAAACUGAUGGAAAUCUAUGGGAAAUAUGGGGAAUUGGUUGACGCUAAGAAGGUGUUCGAUGAAAUGCCUGAAAGAGAUCAUGUUGCAGCAACAGUCUUGAUCAACUGUUUUUCCGAAUGUGGUGCUAUUAAGGAGGCGUUAGAGAUUUUCCAAGAUGUGAAGAUUAAAGAUACGGUUUGUUGGACUGCGAUGAUUGAUGGGUUGGUUAGAAACAGGGAGAUGAACAAAGCGUUGGAGCUUUUCAGGGAAAUGCAGAUGGAGAAUGUUAGUCCUAAUGAAUUUACAGCUGUCUGUGUUUUAUCUGCCUGCUCGGAUUUGGGAGCGUUGGAGCUCGGGAGAUGGGUACACUCGUUUGUCGAGAACCAAAAGAUAAAGCUUAGUAAUUUCGUAGGCAAUGCUCUGAUCAAUAUGUACUCAAGGUGUGGUGAUAUCAGUGAGGCAAAGCGGGUUUUUAGGGGAAUGCGAGACAAAGAUGUCAUUUCAUAUAACACGAUUAUCUCUGGACUAGCAAUGCAUGGGGCUAGCUUUGAAGCCAUCCAGGAAUUUCGCGAUAUGGUGAACAGAGGAUUUAGGCCGAAUCAGGUGACUUUGGUUGCUCUUUUAAACGCAUGUAUCCACGGAGGUUUGUUAGAUAUAGGGCUUGAAGUUUUUAAUUCUAUGUGGAGAGUUUUCGGUGUUGAACCACAGAUUGAGCAUUAUGGAUGUAUUGUCGAUCUUCUUGGUCGAGUUGGCAGACUAGAGGAAGCGUACAGAUUCAUAGAAAACAUGCCAAUAGAACCAGAUCAUAUCAUGUUAGGAGCUCUUUUGAGUGCUUGUAAGAUCCAUGGGAACAUGGAACUUGGAAAAAAAGUCGCCAAGAGACUGCUUGAAUCUGAGAAUUCAGAUUCUGGGACGUACAUUCUCUUAUCGAAUAUCUACGCUUCCUCAGGGAAAUGGAAAGAAUCUACUGAAAUUAGAGGAAGUAUGAGAGAAUCAGGGAUUGAGAAGGAACCAGGUUGCAGUACCAUCGAAGUGGACAACCAGAUCCAUGAGUUCCUUGUGGGCGAUAUAGCACACCCUCAGAAAGAAGUAAUUUAUCAGAGAUUACAAGAACUGAAUCGAAUUCUUAGAUUCGAAGAGAAUGAACUAGAUAUUAUAGCGGACCAAACCAAAGACGAACUUACGACACUUCCAUCCUUCAGUCCUUUACCAGAGAUGGUCACAGCAAAAGAUUUCUUCUCCUUCAGGAAACCGAAUCUUAGAAUAUCUGGUUCUACGCUGAUUUUAAUCUCCGGUCGAAGAGGAACCACACUCGCCUUGUACGUAGAGUUUGGGAAUCCAACGUUAGUAACGGUUCUUCUAAAUGUGAUAUUAAAUGGAUCACGAGCAGAAGAAUAUGUAGUCAUUGUUGGGUAA